AUGCCAUGGCCCGAGUCGUUCAACUCUUUAUAUAGAAAGUUUGCGCUUAUAAACACGCAUUUGACGUUCUUGUCUUCGUUUUCUCGUCAAACAAUCCCUACUUUCGAACAUAUUCAGAAACUUAAUGAUGACAUCUCCAGGCUUGAUCUACAGAUGAUCAAGGACCUUCUACCGGAUGGUGACGUCACUUUCGACUACAUUGAUGAAAAUCAGCUUCUUAUAGGAGAGAGAAUUGACUUCAAGCGUACAAAGGGCGGUCUCAACCAGAAUCAGCCCAGAUCAAUAGACGAUGCGUAUGAGGCCGUUGCCCGCAAGAACGCCGACAAGCCUGAGAAGCAGCUUCUCGUAUUUGAAUUCUGCGAUGUCAAGGUGAGAGGGAUCGGGGCUGUGAUCAAGGGCAAGGACAAGUGGAAAAAGGCCAAGACAACGAAGUCACCACUGCCUCCAAAGUUCUUCACGGUAACCAAGGAACUAACCAUGGAACUGCUUUCGCAAGAGCAGCUACGUGCAAUCAUAGCAGGUAGAAAUGAGUUUUUUACUUCCUGUGUUGAUGAAUAUUUGGAAAGCUUUACUCAAGAGGAGAUCGAGGAAGGAGUACCCUUCAAGGCACUCGUUGAGAAAAACGUCAAGAACAUCCCAGAGCCUUCAUACUUGAGCGAUCCAGUAGAAGUGAUGACAGUCAGAAAUACUGAAAUUGUAUCAGAUGAAAAGCCCAAUGUCGAGACUAUGCUUCAGACGUUGAAGGAGAAGCCCUUGUUCAGGGAUCAAAUUUCGACUCUAGCAACAUUGACAGAGCAAAGGGCAGCUAGGCACCAAGCACUUAGCCAUGAGCUUCUUCAUGGACACUUGGUAGAUGCUUUGUGGGACCACAAGGGCAUUGAUGCUCUUGAGAACGGGCUCUAUACUCACCAAGCGAAGGCCCUCGAAGCCGUCCUCGCUCAGCAGAAGCAUGUCAUUGUAAGUACUUCCACAAGUUCAGGUAAGUCACUAAUUUACCAGCUACCAGUGCUCAGUGAUAUACUUGAUGACUGCGAUAGCGGUAUCAAUGCCCACAGGAGAACUACUACGGCUAUGUUCAUCUUCCCCACAAAGGCACUAGCUCAAGACCAAAAGAGACAUCUAUCAGAGCUAAUAGCUCAUUUACCUCCCAGGCAUAGGAAAAUCACUGUGGACACCUAUGACGGUGACACCCCUACAAAGGAUAGAGCACACAUCAGAAACUAUGCUGAUAUCAUUUUUACAAACCCAGAUGCUAUUCACGCUGCAAUCUUACCUAAUCAUGCUGUCGAGGCACCUGACGAAAGACGUGGUUGGACAGAGUUCCUUACGAAUCUCAAGUAUGUUGUUAUCGAUGAAUUGCAUGUGUACAAAGGUACCUUUGGGGUUCAUGUCUCGUACGUCAUGGCUCGACUUAAUCGUUUGAAGGCACAGUUGGACAGCCAAAGCCGUACAAAGUACAUCUCGUGCUCUGCGACCAUCAAAAACCCGGAGUCACAUUUCCGAACCAUAUGUUCCAUUCCGGAUGAUGAAGAAAUAGCCCACAUCCAUGAGGACGGAAGCCCGAGCUCUGAAAAAAAGCUCAUUCUUUGGGAACCGCCUCUUAUGAUGAAUAAAAAGGGACAGCGUGAAUUACCGCAAAGCAAGCUCAAGCUGGCAACAACUGUGGAUAGUCCAAUUAAGUCUGCGUUUCUUCCUCGAGAGCAUGUUGUGGGCGAGCUGGCAAAAAUCUUAAUACACCUUCUUUGCAUGCUACCGUCGAUUAAGGUGAUUUUGUUCUGUCCUAUCAGAGAGGUUUGUGAAUUGGUUAUCAAAGAAUGUCGGACACUUAUCAACUCAAAAGAAUUUCCCCAAUGGAGUAACAUCAGUGAACAUGAUAUAAUGUCUUAUAGAGGCGGGUACUCGAAGACAGAUCGCAGAGCAAUAGAGCAAAAGAUGUUCACAGGGAAGCUACGGGCCAUUGUAGCUACCAAUGCAUUGGAGCUUGGGAUUGAUCUUUCGGACUUAGAUGUCGUGAUAAGCUGUGGUUUUCCGGGCCUGAAACUGAAUUUGCACCAACAAUUCGGUCGAGCAGGAAGAAGCAGGAAUUCGAAAGGCAGUUUGGCGAUUCUUGUUUGUGGAUCAAACCCUCUCGACAGAUUUUAUUUGAAAAACCCCAACGAGGUGUUGGACAAAGAGUCGUACGAAGAUCUCUGCGUUGAGGGUAUUUUGGAUGGGAGUCUGAACAGAGUGGUGAUGUCGAUGCACCUACAAUGUGCUGCAUUUGAAUGGCCCAUACAUAUCGAGGAUGAUUUACGUUGGUUUUCACCUCACAACGCAGAAAAAAUGAAUGAGACUUUCAGGCAGCUAUGCAUGGACAAACUCCACAAAGAUGACAACGGCUACUAUCGAACAGAUCCCAGGUAUCUUCCUUGGCCAGCUGAAAAAGUCAGUCUAAGGGCGAUUGACGACGUUAUGUUUGCAGUUGUAGAUGUCACCAACAAUCGGAAUGUUGUGAUCGAGGAAGUUGAGGCAGUGAGAACAAGCUUCACAUUGUAUGAAGGUGGCAUUUUUCUUCACCAAGGUUUUCCAUACCUAGUAAAGGAAUUCAGCUUUGAGGGACAAUAUGCGAAGGUUGAGCGAGUCAAGGUCACCUGGAACACUCAGCAAAGAGAUUUUUCGGAUGUCGAUCCAAUGGAAAUUCAAAUGGUCAAAAAGUUACAUCCGCCGGGGAUGGAAGCUGCCUCUGAUAUCCCAGUUUUUUUUGGAAAGAUUCAAACAACCGUGAUCGUUUUCGGCUACUUCAAGGUAGACAGGAAAGGUGAAAUUUUAGAUGUGGUGGAAGUCAAAAAUCCUCCAAUUAGACUUCAAUCUAAAGGUCUUUGGAUAGACAUCCCUACUUCUGCAAUCGAGGCAAUCAAAGAAAAGUCACUUAGUCCUGCUGGGGGUAUUCACGCUGCGCAACAUGCAAUCAUGAAUAUACUUCCCUUGUUCAUCACGGGUGGAGCCACUACGAAUCCAAAUGCUCGGUGGACAUCUUCAGUCGGAGACUCGGAGCUUUCGACAGAAUGUAAAGCACCAGAAAAGGAGUUCGCCUCUAAGCAGUCUAAAAGAAAGCGCCCAGCUAGACUCAUUUUUCAUGAUUCCAAAGGCGGUUCGCAGGGAACGGGUAUAUCUGCGAAAACAUUCGAGUUCAUCGAUGAGAUCAUUGACACAACAUACAAACGUGUGAGUGGUUGUGAAUGUGAAUGGGGCUGUCCAAUGUGCGUAACAGGGGCCUUUUGCAAGGAAAAUAUGCUUGUGAUGUCAAAGCCAGCGGCCGUGAUUAUAUUAGGGACUCUUAUUGGUCAUGAUCUCACAAGUCUUGUGGAGCUGGUUCCUGACGGACCAGAGCCAAAUAUGCCCAACAUAGGUUUCGAAACAAUUGUUAGCACGACAGAGCAUAUCAAGUUUUCACCUGAUGUUCAAAUCGUGGAUGUGAGAAAAGCAAGAAGAAAGUUGCAGCAGCCAAUCAAAAAAGAAGACAACUACUAA